AUGUCUAAAAACAUUGAAAAUAAACAAAAAGCUCUUCAACUACCAAGUAAAAGUGGUUCAGAACAAGUUAAUCAUAUUCAAAGAGAUUUUAACCGUUUGACUGAUGAAAUUAGUAAAUUAAAAAAAGAAAAUGAAGAAUUAAAAAAAAAUAAUUCUAAAACAUUAGAAACUGAACUAAAAAAAAUUGAACAACAAGUAGAAAAAUGCUUAGAUGCUUUACAUGCUGAAUAUAAUAAGAACACUACCUUAGACCAAAAAAUGAACAAACUAUUUGAAUUAUGUAAAGAAUUCGGAAAAGAACUUCCUACCUUUAGAAACAAAAAACUUGUCAAAAAGAAAACUAACAUUUCACAAACUUAG